AUUGUUUUCAAUUUAUGUUGCCUAUCUACGGAAUUACUUAGGUUGCAUUGAAUAUAUGAAGAACAUAUAUUUCCUCCCGGAGCCAAGGGCCUUUCCUCGAUCGCGAAUACGAUGUAAGAUACGACGUAAAUACUGGCCCUACAAGGUCGAGGCUUUCCAGCCUUGUUCUCAGCGAGUCCACUUUCUGCUUGGCGAUCCCAGUGAGCGGAAUCUAGACUGGAUAUUGAUUACUUCGUCGUCUGGUCCUGCUUUCUUUGUGGAAACCCCCCUGUUCUCCCCUUGGUUCCACGGUAAUUGUCCUUGCUUUCUUCUCUUCCAUGACCCUUGUCGGGUGGAAAGCCGAAACGCCUCCAGGAUGUGCGAUGACAUCGUGACAGUCUUCCCCUGUAUGUUUAUCAAGCGCCUCAAUUAUCCGAUCGACAUUCGUAUCUCUCCUAGAAACCCAAGGUUCCGAAGCCACUCCCGUAUCAUCACUACUCAAUUCAGGCUGUACAAAAUCAUCAUGGCAGGUUCCCGGUCCUAGUGUUAGCUCAAUCACAGAGCUGGCGCAUGAUUUGCAACCCUUCCCGUCCCAACCACGGGAUCAUUUCCAAGGUAGGAGAAGUCCAG